UCCUUACCCAAUAGUUAACGGCCAUACUACUACUACUACUUAUCCCUAUCCCUAUCCCUAAUCCAUGGACGUAUGCCCUUUAAUUCAUUCAAUCUUCGUCGAACAACGCGCGCUUUUGCAUAUGUAACCACGUGCAGUGCCUAGCGAAUUGCUACCCUUCAACCCUUCAAAUGUUUUAUUAAAGGGCCUUAAGGCUUCAAUGAUUACAUCUAAUUCUAAUACUCCAUUUAAGAGAACGAACUACGUACAUAUGCUACAUACUAACGGCAGCUGUCUUUCCAAAGAUUAAAAUCAAAAUUCCUAACCUAGUCCACCAGAAAAGACGCUUACCUAUUGUCUCGUAGUAUGAUAAUCGGGGGUGGGUAUGAUGGAACAUAACAACACAAGGAAGGAGGCCAAGGCAAGGGCCAUAUAUGAGACCACCAGGAAUGCCUCUACCGACUCUGAUGAUGAGCUGGGAGAUGAAGCUACGAUAUUUCCCGUCCCCUCGACUAAAUUGCGACGAGGUCCUAGUGCCGGACUUGUAUCUCCCCUAUCACAUAGAUCGAAGCAGCAGGAUUCAACCAGAGAAGGUAAAGUGCAGCAAAGUUCUCCCUCGGCUGCCUUGAAAUCCCCAGUACAGUCUAUGCCACGAUUGGCCGUGCAAAUCAGGUCAUCAGCCUCACCAUCUCAUAUACGGCAGAAUCCCGUCCUAAAAGGGGAUCAGGCGUUGCGCCCCAAAUCACCCCAAAAUCCAACGGAAAGCAAGUCUCCCGUGGCUCUACCCCCCGUAAAGAGUGAAACGAAAAGGAGAGGCAGACCUAAAGGUUGGAAACCAGGAAUGUCCUACAUAGACACUAAACAAAUAUCUGACGGAAACGCGCAACAAAGCAAGUCCAAGAGACCAGCAGAUCCUCCCAGAGAAUCAAAACGCCGUGGGAGACCGCUGCAUGCCAGAGAACGAUAUCUCCAAACCAACCCCACAUAUAUGCCGUUCCUAUGUGAAUGGCAUUACCGUGGGGGGAAACGCUGCCCUGCGGAACUACAGAAUCUGAUGACCCUAGUCAAACAUGUCCGUUUACUUCACUCAACCGUGAAGCCGCCAACUUGUGCAUGGGGAAAAUGUGGACUGGGAGGUAGUCUUGUCUGUUUCGGAACCAAGGAAGAAUUACAGGACCAUUUGUUGAAGGAACACAUCUUACCAAUUACAUGGUAUAGGGGGGAGGGAUAUCAAAACAAAGGCAUCUCGAAGCUGAAAGCCGACCGCCUGAAACCACCGAGCUACCUUUUCGAUGAAAGUGGCAAGCAAGUUACCCCAUGGUCAGCAAAAUUGAUAAUAGAGGACGACCAGCAACGCAAAGAAAGGAUACGGAAGCUGGAAAGGUUCCUGAUUCAGCAGGACGAGAAUGCUCCCGACGACGAAGAGUACACAAAACAAACAUUGGGGAUCCAGUGAUCUAUAAAUGAUCCGCGGUUUUGAAAUUUCCGCUCCUUAGUGGGCUUGAUUCCAUCCUGGGCCGCAGCCUCAUCGGAGAUAACGUACAUCCAACUCUACCUACCUAACCUAGGUAGUUUUGUCGAUUGGGCAGCUCUGAAGAGCGGCCCUCGAAUAGACCGCGCCAGAAUCUGCUCUUUCAGUGACACUUUCUUGGGAGUGAUAUUCAGGAACGACUGUGCGACUCAUGGAAUUGAUUGAAAGGCAAGCAUCUGACCAGCAUUCCUUUGAGCUUCGGCGGCUAUAAUUAUCAUCCACAAAGAAGGCAACAAACCUUGUGUAAGCUG